GCAUUCUCUAUCAUUCUGAUUCUAUUGCUGAUACUGAUUGUUCUGCGGCUGAGAUGUCUCACGUCUCUGAUCUAUCUGGGUCUAAUAAUGGGAAGGAAAACAAUGAGACAUCAAAAAUGUUGCAUAGUUGCAGGAUGAUGCUGUCCAAGCUAUGGAUGGUGACAGCAGUGCAAGUUUUCUGAGCUGCCAUGAGAAUGUUACCUAUAGCAAGCAUCAGGAGGUAUUCAGUUUUUAUCCAGAGAACCGACCAUGUAAUGGCUUUGAGGAAGCACUACAAAGAUAUAAAGAAUUAGUUCCACAUCUUCGAUUAGCUGGACCAACAUCCUUUGCACCAAUAAUUGAAACAACCACCGGCAUUGUAGAUAAUAGUGGUGGCCAAUAUCAUGUUCUUCUUAUAAUAGCAGAUGGACAGGUCAGCUAUUUAAGAUGCUUCUCUUUUCAAUUUUUUGUUGUUAUUUUCCCUAUUCGUAGAUUUUUAUUUUAUGCAAUAAAGAGCACUAAUUUGAGAUAGUAAAGCCUUUUUAUUUGUUUUUUAAUCAUAUAUUUACUGUUAAUUAUUCUGACUUGCAUCUCUUAUGUUGGUACUUGGUA